GCGCGGGGGCCCCGCCCGCCGGGAGGGCCGUGCUGCCUUGGGGCUGGCGCCAAGAUGGCUGCUCCCUGGGUGCUGGGCUGCGGCCGGGCGGCGACCCGCCAGGCGCUGCGGCGGGAGGCCCGGGCGCUCCGAGGCGCAGCCCCCUCGGCGCCGCUCUGCACCAAGCCCGGCGGCUCUCGGACACGGCCCGAAACGCAUGUAGUGGCACCACAGGGAAGCACCAAACUGCUAGCCACCAGAGCAACAGUUGAAAUUCCUAAAAUGUUGUCUUCUAGCUCUCCCCCAGCAUCUGCAAACAAAGGUGUGACCGUAUCUAGUACUAAACUGAAGGAAGCUUCAGAAACUUCUGUUGAAGAUCUGAGGAUGUUCAUGUCAAGAAAAACUGUGGUUGCAUUUCCUCAGCGAGUAAUUCUUUCCUCCCUUGAGGAGGAAAAGCUCCCUGCAACAGAAGGAGGCUUAAGGAAAGAGUUAGCUGAGGAAGAAACAUCUUCAUCCAGCUCAGAUUCAGAUUCUAGCUCAGAUUCUGAAGAAGACAAAGAUGAUGAUAAUGAUCCAGAAGUUGCCAUUAAAACCAGAGUAGAGUUUCCAAGACGAGAUUCUAUCUUUUCUGAGAAUGUAACAGUAAAGGUGUCAAUGCUACCGAAAGAGAACUUGGCCCAGAAACACCACAAAGAAUAUGUAGCUAAGAAGAAGCCAUACAGAGCAGAAACUGAUCUUGACCCUAUCAAGCAGGUCAAGUUUUCUAAAACAUCAAUCAAUCGUAAAACAUUAAAAUCCAAAGCAAGAGACCCUAACAUAAAAACAACUCCAAAAGAAGCAGAUCAGCAGAAGCUGGUCUCAGAAUCCCACGUGGAAGAAAGUCGAGACCUGACAGAUGUCACUCUUAAAUCUAGUUAUUUGGGAGAAAAGUCCAUUGGAACCCAAGCAGCAGCUACUCCGUUGAAAGCUCUGUCAAUGACUCAGGAAGACAAAAAGGAAAAAAUGAUAUCCAGAGAAAAAGAGAAAAAAUUAAAAGAGGUACAGGAGUCUGAAGUAGAAGAAAUAACUGCUCCUAAACUACAGGAGGAGACUUCUGAAAGCACAAUGUUGGUGACACACGCUACAGCAAAGGAGGAGAUUGUUCAUGAAGCAGGAGUUCGAGCUGGAGAAGGAAGCACAAUAGAGGAGACCACAACAGCUGCUCAGCCUGCUCCAGAGGAAUUUGAUAAUUCUACCUACAAGAACCUUCAGCAUCAUGAAUAUGAUAUUUAUACCUUUGUGGAUUCUGAUGUGAUUCUCUCAAAAUUCAGGCAACCUCAACCAUCUUCUGGAAGACCAUCACCAAGGCACUGAAAAAACACAUUUAAAACAAAUGUAAGGGCAGAAUGAUAAAUUAUUCCACUAGGCCGUGUUGCGUUCCUGCUUUAAAAAUCAAUAAAUGUGUAGUAACUUA